AGCAAGCCAGCAAAGUAUGGCAUCAAGAUAUGGGUGGCACAAUCCAGCUACGCUUGGAAGAUGCAAGUCUACACAGGAAAGCCGACCAGUGGAGGCCCAGAGAAGAACCAGGGGACGCGGGUUGGGCUUGAUGUGACAGAGACUGAGGAGGCACAAUGUCACUGGUGACAAUUUCUUCACCUCUUAUGAACUCAGCCAGCAGCUCCUGAAGAGGAAGAUCACCAUGGUUGGCACAGUUAGAAAGAACGAGCCUGAGAUCUGCCUGCACUCCUCUCAACAAGGGGGAGAGAGGUCUUCUCAUCAGUUUGCCUUCACCCCCACCACCACUCUAGUUUCUUACCUCACAAAGAGGAACAAGAAUGUGGUCCUCCUGAGCACACUGCACAACACAGCUGAGAUCAGUGAUCGUGAGGACAGGAAGCCAGCCAUCAUCCUGGACUACAACCACAACAAAGGAGGCGUGGACAACCUGGACAAGGUGAUUGGAACUUACAGCUGCAGGAGGAUGACUGCCCGCUGGCCCCUGGUCACCUUCCAUAACGUCAUUUAUGUGUCCUCAUACAACGCCUUCGUGAUAUGGAACAAGAUCAACCCUACCUGGAUGCCUGAUAAGCGGAACAAGAGGAGGGUGUUCCUGGAGCAGCUGGGAAAGGCACUUCAAAUCACCCCUGACAGCCACACUGCCAAAGUGAGACCACAGAUCACCGCUGACAGCCACACUGCCAAAGUGAGACCACAGAUCACCCCUGACAGCCACACUGCCAAAGUGAGACCACAGAUCACCCCUGACAGCCACACUGCCAAAGUGAGACCACAAAUCAGUUGCGUACCUCUUCCAGGCACCCACACAGCCGCAGGCACCCACACAGCCGCAGGCACCCACACAGCCGCAGGCACCCACACAGCCGCAGGCACCCACACAGCCGCAGGGAGCAAUCCUGUGCUGCUGGAGAUGAUCUAG